UAUGCUUUUCUCUAAUUAUUCUAGCAUUCAUACUACUCUUCAACCACUAUGUUAACCUUCUUUUCUGUCCUCCUCCUCUUCACCUCCACCACCACUGCGCAACCAUACCCUGCCACCGAUCGCUUCUUCCUCGACUGCGGUUCAUCCUCGACCACUUCUGACCUGGGAUGGAAUAGUGAUCAGAAUUCCAAAUUUGUGCCUUCGAACAUCAUCACCACUUCUUUUUCUUCCACUCCCUUCCAACCAGAUCCUUCGGUAUCCGGAACCCUCCCUUAUACUUCUGCCCGAAUUUUUAACGCUUCUUCGUUCACUUACACAUUUCCGGUGCCCCAAGGCCCCAAAUUCCUCCGCCUGCAUUUCUAUCCUGCCACCUACUCCAACCUCAAACCAGAACAGUCUUUCUUCUCGGUAACAUCCAAUGGCUUCACUCUGUUAACCAACUUUAGUGCUUUCCUAGCUGCCUCAUAUUUGAACAGGAAAAGCUUUGUUAAAGAAUUCAUGAUCUAUGUAACGGAUGCACAAAUCCUAAACGUUACAUUUACACCCUCACCCAACUCAUAUGCCUUCAUCAACGGUAUUGAAGUCCUUUCAAUGCCAGAAGAUCUCUACUACAACUCUAAGAAACUGAAAUCUGUUGGGGUAACUAACGGACCCGUUAUUGACAACAAAAUGGCGCUUGAGAAUAUUUACAGGUUAAACAUGGGUGGGGGACAUAUAUCGGGUACUGAUGAUACCGGUAUGUACCGGCCAUGGGAACAAGAUAAUAGCUACAUAUACGGAGCAGCAAUUGGGUUGACACCUGUUUAUGAUCCAAAGGACCAGAUUACGUACACCAACGAGACACCCAGUUAUACUGCACCUGAGCUAGUUUAUCGAACCCAAAGGAGUAUGGGCAAGCAGUCUAACAAGUACAAUCUGACGUGGAUACUUGGCGUUGAUUCUGGGUUUUAUUACAUGCUCAGGCUCCAUUUUUGCAACAUUAUACCUCAAUACACAAAACGAGGUGAAGUGAUUUUCCAAAUCUUCAUUAACAAUCAAACUGCUGAUGAUGAAAUUGAUCUGUUCCACUUAACACAAGGUAGCGGUUAUCCUGUAAUCAAAGAUUACAUUGUGUUUGUCAAUGACCCCGAUAGCAGCAGAGGCAUGCAAGAUUUGUGGGUCGCAAUGCAUCCUAAUCCCAGUUCGGUAAAAUAUCAAGAUGCUUAUUUGAACGGUUUAGAAGUCUUCAAGCUAAGCAUGGAUAGAAGUCUUGCUAGCCCAAACCCAGAACUUAGCUCUACAACCAAACAAACUGGGCCGACAACUACUGUAAAAAGAAACAAGAAGAAACCUCCAUAUGCCGCAAUAAUUGGAGGUAUUGGAGGAGCGUUAGUCUUGUUGUCUAUCUUACUUCUCAUAGUUUUCCAGAAACGAAGGCAAUCCAAACACUACGGAGCCACCAGCAACAAGUCAUCAUACGGCCCAUCGUAUAGUGAUACAAAGUCUUCAAAUUCUACACUUCCUUCAGAUCGAUGCCGUCACUUCUCACUUUCAGAAGUUAGAGCAGCUACGAAUGAAUUUAAUGAUGAUUUUGUCAUUGGCAUCGGAGGGUUUGGCAAGGUGUAUAAAGGGUAUACGGACAACGCUGCAACCGCUGUUGCAAUCAAACGACUCAAUGAAUCAUCUAACCAAGGAGUUCAAGAAUUCCAUACGGAAAUAGGGUUCCUGUCUAAACUACGCCAUGUCCAAUUAGUGUCCCUGAUUGGAUACUGUGACGAUGAGGGAGAGAUGAUACUGGUCUAUGAGUACAUGGCUAACGGGACUCUACGUGACCAUCUGUACAAGACAAACAACCCUCCUCUGUCAUGGAAAAGGCGUCUCCAGAUUUGCAUCGGUUCAGCCAAAGGGCUUCAUUAUCUCCACACGUGUGCACAACGUACAAUAAUUCAUCGAGAUGUCAAGUCCACAAAUAUCCUACUGGAUGAAAAUUGGGUUGCUAAGGUAUCCGAUUUUGGUUUGUCAAAGUUAGGCCCUAGAGACCAAUCACAAAACCACGUUAGCACGGUGGUGAAGGGUAGUUACGGGUAUCUAGAUCCCCAAUAUUACCGAAGCCAACAACUGACAGAGAAAUCUGAUGUGUACUCAUUUGGAGUUGUUUUGCUUGAAGUGUUGUGUGCAAGACCUGUUAUCAAUACCAAGCUGCCCAAAGAAGAAGUGAAUUUGGCAGAGUGGGGAAAAUCAUCUUACCAGAAGGGGACCCUCAACAAAAUAAUUGAUCCAAAAAUAAGGAGUGUGAUUGCACCAGAGUGUUUAAAGAAGUUUGGAGAGGUGGCAGUUAGUUGCUUGAAAGAUGAAAGAAGUGAAAGGCCAGCAAUGGAAGAAGUAGUUUGGGGACUAGAGUUUGCAUUGGAGCUACAAGAAGCUGCUGAGAAAACGGUUGGAGAAGCUGUGUCUGAAAAUCAAGAAGUUUUAUUUCCGACACAAGGAGAUACAACAACAGACGAUGAUGUGUUCACAGGAUCAAGCACGACAAGAAAUGGCACGUCAUCAUUUAGUAACAACGAAGAAGGGUUCAAGACGGAAACAGUUUUCUCUGAGAUUCAGAAUCCAGCUGGGAGAUGAUACGAAAGUUUGAAUUUUAGAGCCAAACCAACAAACAGUCAAUGUGAAAUUCUAGAAUUUUAGUUCUCAGACCAGUGUUUAUCUUUUAGAUUUUGAUUUUAAUGAUUGCUUUAGUAGAAUAGUUAUUAAUUUUUUAGUAA